AUGGCCACAACCGGCAGGAUCAGUUUUACAGUGAGGAGCAUUUUGGAUUUACCAGAGCAAGAUGCUAAUAGCAUAAAGCAAGCCUCUGACCAUCACCACUCAGCAGAGAACUACACCGACUCGCCGUACCGAGGGUGGAUAGAAACAGACAGAAAUCACUAUCCCUCUUCCGACGAGAGUGGCCCGGAGAUGAGCUUGCCCGACUCCACCCAAAGGUCGCUUCCCGUCAGCGGCUCGGAAGCCGAGGAGAAGAAGAAGAAGCGGCGAGUGCUCUUCUCCAAGGCACAGACACUAGAGCUGGAGCGGCGAUUCCGGCAGCAGCGGUACCUCUCGGCGCCGGAGCGGGAGCAACUGGCCCGUCUGCUCAGCCUCACCCCCACGCAGGUGAAGAUCUGGUUCCAGAACCACCGCUACAAGAUGAAGCGGGCGCGCAGCGAAGGUCCCGGCAGCCCACCGCCGCGGCCGCCCGCCCUGCUGCGCCGGGUGGUCGUACCGGUGCUGGUGCGGGACGGGGAGCCCUGCCGCGGCUGCCCCGCCAGCCCACCGCCACCCACCCCACGGCCCAAGCUGGGCUGCACCCUGGCGGGAUGCAGCGCCCAGGCCGCCCUCGCCCUGCAGGGCUACGGAGCCUGCCCGCCCGCUACCGCCCUCGGUGUCUUCCCCGCGUACCAGCACUUAGCGCACCCCGCCGUCGUCUCCUGGGGAUGGUGA